AGCUAUACUUUUGCUCUACUAGGAUCCUGUUUACAUUACUGCAGGAGGCCAGGCCUAAAACAGUUAAUAGCCGGAGUCUCUUCAUGGGAAGGAGAGUUGUGAACAGAGAGGCAUUCUGCAUUCCCAAAAAAGUGCAUUGCCAAAAGAAGCAGCUUACAUCAUGGGCUGCUCAAGAGUUCCCACACAUUUGGUUCCUAAUUACUGUCCGGCUGGACAGCUGAGCCGUUUCAAACAGGAAGCUGUUUACAGAUAACGCUCCUGAAACUGUUGGGUCUGAUUUGCUAAAGGCUAAAGACAAGUCCACUUCAAAUUAAAAACUAUCGGGGCUUUUGUAAAUAGUCGCAAUGAGGUUCAUUUGCGUGGCAUCCCUCCAGGCAAAGGCUGUGCGGCAGUGUUUGUUUUUUCAACCAUCAUAAAGGAGUCAGGGACAUGCUCAUUAUGAGGAGUGAUCUGGUUUUCUUGGUCUCUGUAAUUAGCUUUACAUUCCUGUCUCUGUUAAGAUCUGGAUAUGCUCAACAUAUUGCGGAUGAAUCCUGUUCGGUGCAGAUUCUGGUUCCAGGCCUCAAAGGGGAAGCUGGAGAAAAGGGGGAGAAGGGUGCCCCAGGCCGCCCAGGACGAGUUGGCCCUCCCGGAGAAAAAGGAGAAGUGGGUGACAAAGGACUGAAAGGCAGCAUAGGGAGACAUGGAAAAAUUGGUCCUAUUGGUUCAAAAGGAGAAAAAGGAGAUGAUGGAGACAUUGGCCCACCUGGUCCUAAUGGAGAUCCAGGUAUUCCUUGUGAAUGUGGCCAGCUACGGACAGCCAUUGGUAAAAUGGAUAACCAAGUGACCCUGCUGACAACUGAGUUAAAAUUCAUUAAAAAAGCACUGCCCUCCCCCGCAGCUGUCGCUGGUGUGCGCGAGACGGAUAAUAAGACAUACUUGCUGGUGAAAGAAGAGAAGAGGUACAUGGACGCCCAGCUCUACUGCCAAGGACGCGGAGGUACGCUGAGUAUGCCCAAAGACGAAAGCACCAAUAGCCUCAUUGCUUCUUACAUCAGCCAAGCUGGCCUCAGUCGCGUUUUCAUUGGGAUCAAUGACCUUGAGAAGGAAGGCAGUUUUGUGUACUCAGACCGAACCCCCAUGCAGACCUUCAACAAAUGGAGCAAUGGUGAACCAAACAAUGCUUAUGAUGAGGAAGACUGCGUGGAAAUUACAGCUUCUGGGGGCUGGAACGAUGUUGCCUGUCACAUCACAAUGAAUUUUGUUUGUGAAUUUGAUAAAGAAAAUGUGUAAUAGUAUUCAUACUUUCACUCUCCCUACUCUGAACUCACCAUGAAUACAGUUUGUAGUCUAAAUGUGAUCCUGAUUAGUGCUCCAUUCUUGGAUUUCUUUCUGUGAAUUUUUGUACCAUGUUCCAGUGAUGUUAGCUUUCCAGUAACCUACCUUAAGGUGAUCUGGACAAAUAUCUCAGUAUGUCCUUAAUUUUACUUGCACUCCAAAGACCGUCAACCACCAAGAGGAACAGUAUUUAUCAUUGUGUAUGUAGUGUUAUUUUUAUGCACACGCAUCAUACAAAAAUACUGUCUGCAUCAUGUGUGUAUGUGUAAAAGAGAGAAAAGGGUCAAUUACACUGCCAGAGAAUGCAGUUUGAAACUUCAUUUUAUGGUCCGUGUAGAUCACUAGUUCCCAGCCUUUGGUCCUCUAGUUAUUUUGGACUUCAACUUCGAAAAAUCCUGGCCAUCUUACCAGAUGUUAGAAAUUGUGGUAGCUGAAUUACAAAACAAGAUUGAGCCAAAGGACUAUGCAGAAGCUCAACAAGAUCAAAGAGUAGCAUGUCUCAAAGCUUCUCAAUACCAUUUUAGGGUAUGGUAUGACUAUACCAUGGAUUUUCUUUAUUACAUUUGGCACUAAUGUGUUGUGUUUUAAAGGACGGUGUUGGCGUUUUCAACGGCACUUCUAUUUGCAUGGUGAAGCGUGUAAUAUGGACGGCUUGUUGUAUGAAGUGGGCAUAGCAUGUUGACACUUAGUCAUUUGUGUGUUCAAUACAUGUAGUACCGCAUUUCUCCCUUUAAUAAAGGGGGAAGGAGUGUGUUUUAUAUAGACUGGUGUGUUAGCAAGAAGGACAGACCCAUUUCAUAGAUGCAUACAUGUAGCAGUUGGGUGGAAAACCAGUGGAGACCCAUUAGAUAGCAUACUCAGUAUUGUGUUGAGACUUGGGAGAUCCAGGUUUUGGUCCCUACUGAGCCAUGAAACUCACUGGAUAACUUUGGCUGACUCAACCUUGACCACUUUUACUUUUAUCAUGGAGAGAAAAGUGGGAAAAAAUAAGUGCUGUGUGUCCCACCUUGAGCUGCUCGGAAAAAAUGGUAUAAAUACAUUUAACUACUAAUGUCUACUUCUCCACCAAACAGAGAGGAGCAUCUUUGAAACCAUCUAUCAUCUGCAGGAGAUUGGCUCAGCACAAUCUAUUGGGAAGUUCUCUUUGGUAAAACGUAUUGAAAUAAGAAUCCACAUUUUAUUUCAAGAGGGCUUUGAUGAAAGAACUUCUUGAUGGAUUAUAUGUCAAAAGAACAGGCCAAAAUCCUGAUAGAAAUUAGCAUAUGUAAGGAUGAAAUACAUUAGCACCAGCAACACUGAGGAAUGAAUAAGCUUUACAAUUGUCAACAAGGGGAUGCUUGUCCUUCAGUCUACUCCACAUCCUACCUUAAAUAUACUUCAUUGAUAGAGUAUUAUAGUGAUAUUUUUAGAAGUAUAUGAUAUUUGUAUUGUACAGGUGUAAAUAUAAUCUGGGUAUUUUAAAUAUCAAAUUUACCCUUCAGAAGGGAUGAUCAGAAUGAACAUACAUGAUUUGCAUGACUGUAAAGAAAUACAGCCAUAAUGUAAUGCAAGGUUAAAUAUACACAAACUUUAAAUUUCUUAGCUUUGUACUGGAUUAUUACUUGUUGGUCUUUGAACAGGUGAUGUGUACUGGAUCUUUGUUGAGAUUAAUGGAGAUGUACAACUAUGGUGGAAAGCAUUAGAUGUUAGGAUUUUAUUUUUGAAGUUGCACCUCUGGUAUCUCUUUUUAAAAAUAAUUGAUGUUGUUAACAUUAAAUUCCCGCACUGAAAUGUAUUUUUAUGCUGUUCCAUAAUUUUAAAUGAUCUUUAAAAGAGCAUUUAUUAUUUUCUGAAAAUCAACACUAUUUUCUCAGGUCUUUCAUUAUACUGAAGAACAACUAUUUGCAAAUGUGGGCAUGCUGUACUAACCAAAUUAGGUUUCAUUGUCUAAUAAAAUUGAUUUAAUUGAGCAUAAUGUUGGAACAGAAUUGGAAAAACAAAUCCAAGAUUAUUUACAGAGAACAUAAAGCAACUUCCUGGUUUCCUUGUGUAUUCUUAAAUAUAGAUGUUCGAUGACCAGAAUGAUUUACCAAUUUUCUCCUGUUCAGGCUUUACAUAGUCUCAGCAACCCAAUUCUACCUUGAUUCCAUUUUAUCCACUGGAAUCAAGAGGACAAACAAGUAGAUGAUAAAGGGCUACCUGAUUUUAAUUGCAUGCUUGCAAGUUGUUGCAGUUAAAUAAAAAUCAAAGCAGUCUCAGCCCAUUAUUAUGAAAUUGAAAAAGUGUUUGUUACCUGCUAUCAGAGAAAAAAAAACGUUUGGAAAUUUGUCCUUUAGCUUUUCAGUAUAGAUAUAGGGUGCUUCUGUACUGCAAAAUAAAUGCAAUUUGACACCACUCUAAGUGCCAUAGCUCAGUGCUGUGGAAUCCUGCAAUUUAUAGUUUGGUGAGGCAAAGACUGUAAAACUCCCAUGAUUCCAUAGCACUGAGCCAUGGUAAUUAAAGUGUUGUCAAACUACAGUAUUAAUUCUAUAGUGUUGAUGCACUCAUAGAGCUAAAUAAAAUGGAAGCUAUUAAGUGGCAGCAGGUUUACUUAAUGUAACAUGGAUCUACACUGCCAUAUAAUCUAAUUUCUGAAUCCAGAUUAUUUGCUUUGAACUGGAUUAUAUGAAUCUACACUGCUUUAUAAUUCAGUUCAAAGCAGAUAAUCUGGAUUCAUGGUAAUGUAGAUGGGGUCGUAGAGAAUAUUAUCCAUCUACUCCCCUUGUGAGCAUGGAUGGUGGUUAUUACACCUUUAGGUUGCCCAUUAACUUCUCAUGCAGUUCUGUUGUUAUAAUUGUGAUUACCGAGGCCUUUACAACAAGAAGUCUUACCAUAAUCCAACUGAAUUUUCUUCUAUCCUAAAUACAAAUAAAGAGCCCUUCCAGACAGGCACAAAAUGUGGGACCUGUCUUGGUUUUUUCCCUGAAGCGUCCAAAUGAUGCCUCAGGUAAAAGCAAAUUAAUCUGGAGAAAACUGGGAUUUCCCAGUUUGCUCUGGAUUAAUAAAACACCUGGAAAGAUCAGGACCUUAAGCUAAGAUCUGGAUCUUUCCAGGUGAGGGCCCUGUGGGGGUUGACUCCCGGGAUUGCUUCCUCGGUCACUGGGGUCAAUCUCCACAGCAAUCCCAGUUCUUUGGGCUCUAAGAGCCUGAUGGAGCAGGAUAGCACCCCCUCUCCCCUCCUAGCCCCCCAUUGUCCCCCCCCCCCCCAACUUACCCGAGUGGCCUGCAGAGGAUAUAGCCCUUCCAAAGAGAGCUUCCAGCACAUGACAAUGAUGUGUCAGGAGUAUCCUGAGGGACCUGCACUGCUGGCAGGCCCCUCGGGUAAGGUCUUUGGGGAAAGUGGGAGGUUGGAGAGGGGCUGGAUGCCAUCCCAGGUUAACCUUUGGCUGACCUGGGAUGGCAUCUAGCCACCCCCUAAGGGAAAGCCUGGGAUUUGGCUUGGGAUGGGGACACAAAUCUGGGAUAAAGUUGGUUAAAGUAGCCUACUUUCUCUCGGAUUUCUGCCCUGUCUGGAAGAGCCCAAAAUAUAUAUACUUGAAGUUGUUAAAAUUAAAGUUACUUUUUAUUUUCACUGAAAAGCUAAAGGACACUUUCAACAACACAAACAAAUCUAAAGUCAAAUAUGUCCCAGCACUAUUCAUUGGGUAUCAAUUCAACAGGUUUGCCAAGAUUGAUAAUGCAGCAAUUAAACAGAAAAAAAAAUUAACAUUAAGUGUGAAAUGUAAGUCAAUUUAAGCUGGAUCUACACUGUCCUAUAUCCCAGAUCCUACAUUACCUGCUUAUCUGAGAUUUUUUAUUGUAUAAGAAGCAAAUUGAGAAUAUACUGCAAGUCACUUCUGGUGUGAGAGAAUUGACUUACAAAGACAUUGUCUAGGGGACACCCAGAUGUGUUACCAUCCUGUGGGAGGCUUCUCUCAUGUCCCUGCAUGGGAAGCUGGGACUGACAGAUGGGAGCUCACUCCGUCUCAUGGAUUCGAAUCACCGAUCUUCAGGUCAGCAGUUCAGACAGCACAAGGAUUUAACCUAUUGUGACACUGCAGCUCCUUAUCCCAGAUUAUCUGGCAGUGUAGACUCAUAUAAUCCAGUUUAAAGCAGAUAAUCUGAGAUCAGAUCCUGAGAUAUAGAUCAGAUCCUGAGAUAUCCAGCCUAAGAUGUAUUCUGUCAUAGUAACAUUCUAGGUGCCAAAACCUAGGCCCCUUCUACACUGCCAUAUAAAAUCCAGAUUAUCUGCUUUGAACUGGAUUAUCUGCUUUGAUAAUCUGAGUUAUAUGGCAGUGUAGAAGGGGCCAAAGGGGCUUCAGAAGUGCGACAAAAGGUGUAUGAUUUAAAAUGUCCAUUUGAUUUAAUUUCCUACUCAUAAACACCGAUGAUAUAUACAUUGUAUUGUUUAUCUAAUAUUUGCUUCUGUACUAUCACAUCACACAGUGUCCUCGGUUGGAAUCAUGAAAGUACACCAAGUAUAAUUUAAUACAUGUGCUUCCAGUAAGCUCCCAGCUAGGAACUGAAUGCUAAUGACAAAUUAAUUGACAGCAUUGCAGUUAAUAAUGGCUCUUGUUUAUAUCAUUGUUUUUGCUCUCAGAAAGUAUUCUAUGAUCUGAAAUCAUUGCAUCAGUUUAUGUUUAAGAAAAUAAACAAUUUCAUUUCAA